UUAAAAUGUUGUCCUGUUUUGGUUUUGCGUAAGUGUGGUUUGUUUAAUUAAAAGGUCAGUGUCAGAUUUAUCAAGGGACAUAAUUCAAGCUCUGUGGUGCUCAGAUCGUCAACAAUGGAAUGACGUCAUUAAUUAAUUAAUGCGGCAAUGUUGCACAAACAGAGGUUCUACUAAGGAAUUGUCCUUCAAAUGAUCGAUUUUCAAUUUAAAGAAAAUUGUGAUAAUAUUUUUGAUAACUUGUUAUAAUCAUCUUUUUUAAUCAUGAAUAUUUUAUGCAAAUUUUCUAAUGAUGAGAUUAAUCAAUUAAAAACUCUGGAGCAUCAUGGAAAAACCCGUGUUUACCAAUAACUUAUCGCAGCCUCGUAACAGAACAUGCGUUCUCAGUUCGAAUUGUUAUUAAAUUCUGAAGAAAAACAUCAAAAUAUGGCGAAAAUCAAUAGCAGUGGAAAUACAACUGAAAAUAGUAGUAGUGGUUGGAUUUAUUUGCAUUUUUUCAACUGGAAAGUAAUAAAAUGUGAGAGACUUAGUGGAAGAAAAGCUGUAUUCCAUAUAUUAUGACGAUAGUGAAACAUGGAAAGUCCUAAAAUAUGUGGAAUGAGGAUUGAAUUUGAUUUUACUAUUGUUUUGUUUACUUGUGUAGUCUCAAUUCAUCGUAGUUUUUAUGACAUUAUGGAAGAAUCAGGUGAAAAAGCUUCAUGCGAGAAAGGAGCUGAAGAUGCAUUACACCAUUUGCAUGAAAGCAGACAAAUGAAUGAUCUUACACGUUCUUCAUCGUCAUCAUCAAGCGAUAAUUGCAACUACUGUGUUAACAACUGUUCCUGUUUAGAAACAGGAUACGUGAGUCAGAUAGGAGAAAAAAUAUCAACUUGUGCAAAUGGGAAACGAGAAGAAGUUAUCUGGGCCUUUGGGAUUAAUAUAUCAACAGCGGGAAAACCCACACCAAGAACUACACCAACAAGACGUGAAUUCAUAACGAUUUUCUUUCAAAAUCUCAUUGGACAAAAACAUUUAUUUGUGAAAUCAACUGUUUCGUUAGUUUUGAAUUUUUUUCUAGCAAUAAGUAUUUUAUGCACACUAUUUUUAUACGGUAAUAGAGAUUCGCCUAGAAUUUUAUCGACUUUGAACGAAACACAAGUAUGUAUUGCUUGCAAUGGUCUUGGACUACAUAGAAGUGCAUUAUCCGCUUAUAAACAAUUGUAUAAUAUUGACAGAGUGAAAACAGAUGAAGGUAGCCUUCUUUGUUGUUAUGAAAAUCAGCGUCACGUGUACUGGUUACUUCACAUGGUUUUCCUGAGGUCCCAGUAUCUCGAGGGUGGAGAUAACAGAGACCCAUUAUAUAGACAUGCUGCUUUAACGUACCUGCAUGCAGUUCAAGUCCCUCAACCCGGAAUCUCGCAUUGGAACACACCAAAAAUUAAAGAUGUCGGAAGACAACAACCAUGCCCAAAUCCCACUUACAAUUUAAGUUUCAUCAGCGAUCUUGUUGGUGAACAUACAGAAAUGCGUGUGGAUAACAACGGACUCCACAUUGAUGACAGUGGGAUGUACUUCGUGUUCAUGACACAAUGUUUAAGAACAGAGGACAGAUGCAUUUCAAAUCCUACACCUAAUUUUAAAAUGCAAAUGCAGCUGAAAAGCACUGAAAAAGUUUUAAUACAAUCAGACGUAGUUAGAGCAGCGGGAAGCUUGGUUUUCCAACCAUACGCAUAUUGUUUAUUUACAAGACUUCACCAAAGAGAUUCUUUGGGAAUGAACAUAUCAGAGCACAAAUAUUUGAAUUUAAUGCUUGGCAGCAACGUUUUUGUCGCCUUUAAGUUACAUGAUCCUAGUAAGAAAGGUUAAAAACAUAGUUGUUAUAAAUUAUUUCUAUUAGGACAUUGAUUGUGAAUUAUGGCAAUAUUAUGUUUAUUAUUAGCGAGGCAGGUCCCGAAGUAAACUUUUCUUCUUUACCUUUGAAAUAUUGUUCAUUCGACACUGAAUUCGUGAUUAUAACUUUUUAAUAAUAGUAUUUGUUUUAUGUAUUAUUCAGAAACAGUUUUUUUCUUGAUUUGUUUCAUUUUUACGUCAAUAAAAAAGGCUACUGAUUGACUAAGGUAAAACUAUAAGAUUUGUAGUCAUGUGAAUUGCUAAAUGAAAUAACUCUUCAAACCCCAUGAGUUACAAAACUUACUUUAACUUUGGUGAAAUUUAACAUUUCGCAAACGAACAAUAUUUCAAAUUUGAAGUGAUUUUAUGUAAAUUCAGAAUGAUACAUCUUUGACAGAAAUUUGCUGGUACAGAUAUGAACGAUACUAUGUCUUAGAUUUAUUUUAAAACAUUUGCUCAUUGAUCAUAUAUUAUCAGGCAUUUGAUAAAAUCAGUCAUUAUGUAUUUACUAUAUACUUGGUCCAUUCAAAAUGGCGUUGUUUAUUUAUACCAUAACUCAUUUGCAUCCAUUGAUCAAGCAUGAUUAUGAUUUGCAGAUAUUGUAGUAAGCUACAAAACACCAGUUGGAACACACUAUUGUAAUUAAAACAAAUUGAUCACAUUUAACUAUUUAGGUCAUUUUGCCAAUAAAAAAGAUAUUCUAAUUUGGGAAAAGAAUUAUUCAUGUGUAGCCGUCUAUGAAAUGAAAUGAAAGGAACUGAUAAGUGACCAGGGGAUAUCAAACAUUCCACUUCUAAAGGGCAGUGAACAUUUCAAAGCAGCAAUUUGUUCUUUCAUUAAAAUCUUAUUAGGGUUAACAAGUAGACUCAUUAUUUAAACAGCAAAAACACAGUGCAAGAAGAGGCAGCAUUCCCCGAUACGAAAUAUCUCCUGUGCCUUCCUGUUCCUUAGGUCACUUAUCAGCACAUUAUAUUAUACAGUUACAAUAAUAUGCAUCGGAAAGGUUAAAAAUGAAACGUUAAACAUUAAAUUGACUAACAACUUUCAACUUAUAGUAUUCCUAUUUGAAACUAUGUUCUUAGAAUGUGUUCUGGUGACAUUUCUUAAAAGUUGCCAAUCUUCUUAAGUUUUGUUUGAGAUCAGAGAUUGUCUUUAAAUACACAAAAUGAAUGCAAAGAUAAUUUCUAUACUUCUCAUGGAUAAUAUGAUAUUAUAAUUCUAAAAAGUUUUAGAUUUCCCUUUUAAAAUAUUUCCUUUCAAUGUCAAUCAACAUUUUGAGUGAUGUCUUUAUGAUAGUGUACUCAAAUAAAAUCAUUUUAUUCAAAACUACACACAAUGAUUACACAAGUACAAAGUUGUUAGUUUUUGACGUUUGAUUUUUUUUUAUGAUUGUCAUAAUCCAUAUGCGAAUACUGGACACCAAUUUACUUUUGCGGCUCAACAGGUUUACGUAUUUUCAUUUUAAUUAGUUAUUGUAUAUAAUUAUUCCCCUUAAUAUUUCAUCCAAUUUCAAUUUGUUUUUUUAGAAUUUUUAGCACGCAAAAAUAAAUGGUCUGCAGUAUUUCACCGACUUUCAAUGUGUUGUCCUUACUGGUCCAUGCAAUGUCUAAGGAUAUCAAAUAUCCUCUACUGGCAGCAUUUUUAAAUUCUGAAUUUUGUAAAGAGUAAUUGGUGUUUUCUUAUCCCAAAUUAUGCAGUAAUAUGUAUUAUUUCACAAAAUAUACAGAAAUGUAACAUUUUAAAUUUCCAGAAAUGUUUUGUGUGUUAAUGUGGGCAGCUACGUGUACAUUUUCUAUACAAUGAUAGUAUAAUAAACUGUAUUCUUUGAAAGGAUUUCAGUUUAUUAAAAAUGCCCUUAUUUCAGUAUAACAUACAUUCCUUAAAACUUUUAGGCAGCAUGUUUAAAUAAAUUAGAAAUACAAAUAUAAAAUGAUUGAACAGUGUUCCAGUAUUGAAAAUAUAGUAAAGCUGUAAAAAAUUUCAAUUAGAAAGCAAAAUAUACAUUCAUGAUCGUUUUCGAUUUCCACUUUCCACUUGACGAAAUAGUAAACUACUCUUUGUUGAUUCCUAUAUUUUAAAAGUAAGUUAAUAACAAUACUUAUCACUUGUUUUUUCUUUAGGCAUUUAUUUUAUUUACUUGUAAUAUAUUUGUAUAUUGUUUCUUAUCGCUCACAUCUCCUUUUCAAAUGAUGUUGAAUAUUAUAGUUGUUUUAGUUUAUAAUGUGGCACUAUGUGCCUUUGUAUCAUUUUUAGAAUAUUUCAGUAAUAUGGGAUUUUACAUGUUUGAUUUCUUCUUAAAAUACUUGUUGUUAUUAAUAUUUGUUACAUGGUUUGUUUUUACAGUUUUAUUUACUAUCUCUUUUAAUAAUUUAUUUGUAAGUAAUAUUCGCUUUUGGAUCUCUCCUUUGUAACCGUUUAUGUUGUUUUUUUGUUUUUUUUUUGUGUUAGUUUUUAUCUUUUUCCAUUUCUAAAAUAAAAGGUUUUUCUUCUAAAUACCUGACUGGAUUUUCGGAAGUAAUUGAAAAAGCAAUGUCACUUUCAUUUAAAUUAAAAAACUUCAACAAGUUUAAAAUUACUUUAUUAAACAUUUAAAAAUUUGAUCAGUUAUAAAUUAUUUAAUAUUUCAUUUUGAUUUUCAUAUUUUCUGUUAUGUGCCUUAGCAGUGUCACGGUAGGACAUAUACUAAAUUAUAUAUUAACUGAGUGUCGAAUGUAUAAAUGGUACUAUGUUAAAUAUAAGGAAGAGUUACUACAUCUCCAGGAAUAUUCAUUUUCAGACAUGGACGGUGUUUAGUGGUAUUUUGGAUUAUGUAAAAUCUGGAGUGAUACAACAUCUUUCCAUCCGUCCCUUACAUUUCAUUUCCGAUACUGGCCUAACUAACAUUCAAUGCAUAUGAAAUGCAAAUAACCUGCUCUGUUAAAAAUAUUUUCCUGAAAUUCCAAAAUUAAAAAAGUACAAUUACUACUUCUUUUUGAGUUUUCUAAAUCACUUUCGUUGUAAUGAGAUCCAUCGCUGGCAUCUUGCUUCAGAUCAUCAAAUUGUCACAUUGAUAGCGGCUAUAAAAUUGUACAUAUAUGUUACUUGUUUUUGGAUUAUUAUUUUCUUCCUAUCUCCGUACAUUUUAUAUCACAAUGUCCCACCAAAUGCUUCGACAAUAUAUGUUAUGAUGGUAUAUUCUAAUUUUUCCGUUACUUCUUUUGUUCUCAGAAUAUAAUGUAAUUGUAUGAAAGCCAAGAUAACGUACAGUAUUGUUGAUUAUCAUUCAUCCCAGCUUCUAAAUACAUGCAUGAUAUGUCAUCAACAUUUUAAGAGUGUUUUUUGUGAGUAGUAGGACAAUUUCUUGAACAUAAAUGCAUCUAUAAAUGAAUAUUUUUUUAUUAUGGAGCUUGACAAAAUACCACAUUAAUGCUAGCAUAAACAGUUACAGUUUACAUUGUGUUAUAUAAGUUAAAUCAAUAUGUUUUUACAUUUGAUUUUAGGUAUAAUGUUAUACUGCAAGAAAAUGCUUCUUAAAAUAAGUUACAUUCGUCAAUCGACCUAACUACUCACAAAACACGAUGCACUUUUAUUUAAAUAAUUAUAAAACACGAUCAGAUCAUCUUAUGUUUUAAUUGAAAAUAAACUUUGAACAUACAUAAUAAAAAUGUUUUGAAGAAGUAACUACAUUGGACAUUUAUAUAUAUAAAUAUAUGAAUAUUUUAUAACUGUUAUAUUUGAUAAUGUUCAUUUGUUUAUUAAGUUAUAAGCGAAGUUGUCACUCUGAUAUUGUAACAAACCAAAUAUAUGGCAAACAAAGAAAGGUUGCAGGCAAAUUAAGUUAUACUGUAAAAUUUCAUUGUAGAGUCUGAUAAACAUUUUGCACUUGGAACAUCAUCAGAUGAGUGCCAUAUUGUUGCUGCUUAUUGCAGCUUCUUCAAUUUAUGACCGUGAUUUCUAUGUGUUUUAUUUAUAUUUUUGUCGGUUUUAAGAUUAUAAAAUGUACAAUGUGUUGUUGAAUGGUAUUGUGGAAAAUGUUUCUGCAGAAGAGUAAUGAUAUUACCUUGAAUAAAUACUUUUCUGUUUUAAAAAAAACCAGGCACACACUUUAUAGAUAUCUCAUUUCUUCUUUUUUGCUGUUACCACUAUAUUUUAUCAUUUUCAAGGGAAGGGUUAUCUCCCAUAUGUCAUGUUAGAGAAAAUUGUUGAAGUUAUUUAUCCUUCACGUUUCAUUUACUGCAUUCAAAAUACUGAGUUUAUCAGUUUUCAGAAAAAGUUAACUAAAUGAUAAACAUUAGUGCAUUGUUUUCCAAUAGGGCGGACAAUGCUUUAAAACCUUUAUCAUCUAAAAAUACUGUUGACUUGAAGAAUAUUAUUUCCAGAAACAUGAUAUAAUUUUACCUUACAGACUUAACAGACUUCUUGUUUUCUUUGAACACAGACAAUGACAUAAAGCCACAAAGAUUUUCAUUAAAAUGAACUACACAUUAAAUAUUUAACUACGUAUUCAAAAUUGUGAUGGCUAUAAAUUGCUCUGAUAUGAUGUUUGCAUGGACAUUACUGUUUAGUGCUGUUCAUUUUAAACAUUUAAGCAAUAUUGUGACCUUUAAAAUGUCGAAUUAAGCAUAAAAUUAGAUUUUCAGUUAGAACAGAGUUAAAAACAUAGAAAUGUCAUUUUAUUUGAUACAGAUUUAAUAUCAGCUCACUCGAAAGUAAAUACAAACAAAUGUUUAAAAGUGUUGUUUAGAAAAUAACAUGUCAAUAUAAAUGUUAAUUAGACAAAAGUAAGGGGGAAAUCUAUACAAAAGUCUAAGAGUAAACAUUUUCCAUUCCGAAAUUAAUGAAUAUUAUUUUUCCUGAUAACCAAUGUAUAAACAUUCCAAAUAUUUUUUUCAUAUUUUCGAUAUCUAAUUAUUUUUUUUAUUAUCUCAGACUUCUGUGAAUGCGUGCAUUUUCCAUACUCGCAUUACAUCUUUUUGGAGCGAGUAACAUUUUCAACAUUUGUGCUAUUUCGUGCCAAAAUUUAGUUAGAUGCUUAUCAUUACUUUAUUACAUUAGUUUCCUUUUAGUAGAUAUUUGCACCUAUUAAUGUUUGCCGUCGAAAAAAAAAGAUAAUUGUCUAAAGUCUACUUUUUACACUAAGUAUCAUCGUGAUUUUUACUAAUUUCAGAAGCACUAUUUUAGACUAAAACAUUUUAAUAUAAUUGAUUGAUGUAUCAAAGAUCUUUUCCAACCCAUUUUUAACGGUGUAGGCAGUGUUCUAUUCGACCCAACACGACCUUGGAAAAGAAGAGAGGCGAAAGAUAGCAAAGGGAUCUUCAAAAACAGGUAAUGUUUGCAACUAAGACGUAAAUUGUAUUUUUUUUUUUGAAUUAUUCACUUUGAAUUUGGUACGUUAUUUUUUACACAUUCGGAUAUAAAAUGGAAUCAACGAGACAGCGGAAUUCCAUCCAAACAUCCCGAUUUAGUCUUAAAAAUAAUUUACACUGAAUAGUGGUUUGUUCCUAAUGGACAUUAUAUGUCAGAGUGUUCAGAUUUUGUUUGUACAGUUCAGAAGAAACGACCUUUUAGUAACAACGUUACCUACUUUUCAGUCUUUUUAUCAAUCUUAGGUUUAAACUUGUAGUAGAGUUUCUUUUGAAAGGUAAUAAUCGACCAGUUUGAUAAAUCAUAGUGAUUUAUUAUCGGAAACCAUUUUUUCUCUUCAACGUUAGUGCAUGCAUGCUGCUUUUAUUUUCACUUUUGACAUAUUGAACUUGCAAUAAGGGGUUUGUAUGUCCAAAAUCAAAUUGUCAAUCUAAUUUUGAUAAAGAUUAAACUUGUGGAUACGUACUCAUAUUAAGGAUAGCGCGAUAGGAAAUUACAUUUGACAUGUAUUAGCAAUGUAUUAACAUAACUCAAGGGUUAAUUACGGUGUUUUUAACUGUAACUUCAUUUUUUUCCAACAUGAGGGCAUCAUAUACUUAUAUCACUGAGGUCAUCCUUAGUACAUUUAUCAAUUAACAACUUAUAUGAAAAACAUAAUUGAAAAUUUAAUUCAUUUUUAUUUUGUCGUUCUAUCCUAUUCAAAUGUAUCGCCGAUUUAUUAUUUUAAAGUUUCUUUUUUCUUCGGAAGACAUUAUUAGGUGUUAUUCUGUUUAGCUAAACGUGUUGUGUAUGUCUUGUGCUUAUAAAAUAUUGUUACUUAUAUAAAUGAUAAAUAAAGCAGCUAAUGAAAAAUAA